AUGAUGAAUAAGAUCUUAUUGUGGAACAUCAGAUUAGUUAAUACUCAGCAAUCCUUUGAGAGAUUAACUAAUCUGAAUAGAAGAAACAGAUACAGUAUUAUUGGUCUGAUGGAACCUUUUGAAGAUGCUGAACAAGUAGAAAGAUUUAGAAGGAAGUUAGGUAUGGAAACAACUUUUGUCAAUAUCUCAGGCAAAAUCUGGUUAUUCCUCUCAGAGGAUGUACAGGGUUCAGUGGAGAUAGACAAUGAACAACAGAUUACUUUGAAGCUGUUUCACCAAAGUUUAAACUGUAAUAUAGUCUUAACAGUGGUGUAUGCCUCUUGUGAUGCUGGAGAAAGAAGAAUGCUUUGGGAUUCCAUUAGCCAGGUUUCUAAUCUUUUUGAUUUACCUUGGCUGGUGGGAGGUGACUUCAAUGUCAUAUCUACAGAAGAGGAAAAAUUAGGAGGUCUACUAGUCUUGUAUAAUGAAGUAGCAGAUUUCAAUCAUUGUCUCAGCAGUUGUGGUUUACAGGAUCUUGGAUAUGUAGGUAGCACAUAUACAUGGUGGAAUGGAAGAGAUGAAGAAGCAUGCAUUUUUAAAAAAUUGGACAGGAUGGUUUGUAAUGAUAAAUUGCUAGAUGUAAUGCCCACUAUGAAGGUAACUCAUCUGAUAAAAAAGGGUUCUAAUCAUUCUCCUUUGGAACUAGAGUUCUCCACAACUACUGAGGUAAUCAUUAAGCCUUUUAAGUUCUUGAAUUUUUGGGUCCAACAUGAGAGUUUCCAUAAGGUUAUCAAGCAACACUGGUGUAUAGAUUUUGAAGGAAAUCCAUUUACCAAGUUUCAUCACAAGCUCAAAAAGGUAAACAAUGCAUUAAGAAAUUGGAGUAAGAACACAUAUGGCAAUAUUUUUCAGCAAAUUGCAUCACUGGAAGAGGUAAUCAAAGUCCAUGAGGAGCAGUUUGAAUCAUCUCCAAUAGUACAGAAUAGAGAGAGACUACAUAAGGGUGCAGACCUUAGUAGAUUCUUACACUUAGAAAAACUGUUUUGGAAACUGAAGUCAGGACUAACAUGGUUUCAAGAUGGAGAUAGAAACUCAAAGUUCUUCCAUGCUUAUGUAAAAAGGAGGAGAAAGAAGCUCAGAGUGGAUAAUAUCCAAAAUGCUAAUGGAAAUUGGCUAACCAAUCAAGAGGAGAUCUCACAAGCGAGAUUGUUCUUUCAAUCAUGUUGGGAGAUAGUCAAACUAGAUGUGGUGGAUAUGGUGAAGGCAUUCUUUGUGGGGCAAGAAUUACCAAGAUUCAUCACUCAUACAAAUCUGAUUCUUAUCCCUAAGAAAGAGCAGAUGAAAAGUUUCUCAGAUCCAAGACCAAUCAGUCUCAGCAAUUUUACAAACAAGAUCAUCUCAAGGGUACUGCAUGAAAGAUUAGUAAAACUGCUGCCAGGUUUGAUUUAUGAGAAUCAAUCAGCUUUUGUGAAGGGAAGGAGUAUCAUGGAGAAUGUACUACUCACACAGGAGAUUGUCAGAGAUAUAAGCAAGAUAACUAAAAUAGCAAAUGUGGUGGUUAAAUUGGAUAUGACCAAGGCAUAUGAUAGAGUCUCUUGGCUCUUCCUCACCAAAGUGCUUAGGAAAUUUGGUUUUAGUGAGGUGCUAAUUGACAUGGUGUUCAGCCUACUAUCAAACAUCUGGUAUUCAGUUCUCUUGAAUGGGCAAGCACAUGGCUUUUUCAAGUCAUCAAAGGGAGUUAAACAAGGUGAUCCUCUAUCCCCCACCCUUUUCAUCUUAGUUGCUGAGGCAUUAUCAAGGGGACUAAAUGCAUUGUAUAAAAAUCCAAGGUUUGUGGAGUAUGGUAUGCCAAAAGGGAGUCCAAGAAUUAAUCAUUUAUCAUAUGCUGAUGACACAAUUCUCUUUGUCUCUGCUGACCAAUAUUCAGUAAAACUGAUGAUGAGAGUGUUAAAUAGAUAUGAGAAAGUAUCAGGCCAGUUGGUAAAUUUGAAUAAGAGUGCCUUCUAUGUUCAUGAAAAGGUGCAGAGUGGUUUGGUUUCAAGGCUGAAACAAAUCACAGGAAUUAGGCAAGGCCUCUUUCCAUUCACAUAUCUUGGCUGCCCAAUUUUCUACAGUAGGAACAAAAUUUCACAUUAUGAUACAGUUGUGAAAAAGAUUGCCAAAAGGGUGAAUGCAUGGCAAGGGAGACUACUGUCAUAUAGAGGAAGAGCAACAUUGAUAUCUCAUGUAUUACAAAAUGAAGGUGGACUGGGGUUCAGAUCUUUAUUUGAAGUGUCAAAUGCCUUUUUUUGUAAACUAUGGUGGAAUCUUAGAAUAAAGCCUUCAUUGUGGAGUUCUUUCAUGAUAAACAAAUACUGCAAAAAGCUUCAUCCUGUGAUUGCACAAGCUAAAGGGGCAUCCCCUAUCUGGAGAACGUUGGUAAUAGUAACGGAAUUGGUGGAGCAUCAGAUAUGGUGGCAAGUGAAAAAAGGGGAUUCUAGCUUCUGGUUUGACAACUCGACAAAUCUUGGUGCAUUAUAUCAUGUCCUACCUGAGGAUAGUUUGGAGGAGGAAAUAGAAGUUCAGAAUUUUGCCAGUACAGAAGGAUGGAAUGCACAGGUUUUAAUUCAAUAUAUACCUAAAGAGUAUGUGAAGCAUGUGAUAGAGACUAUUCCCCCUCCUCAAGUAACAGAUGAACUAGACAAAAGCUGGUGGUUACUAGAAAAGAAUGGAAGUUUUUCAGUCAAAAGUGCUUGGGAGUAUGUGAGGCAUAGAGAAGUGAAAAUGGAUAUCUAUAAUCAGAUGUGGAGGAAACAUCUUCCAUUUAAGUUUUCAUUCACACUUGGGAGAGCUUGGAGAUAUAAAAUGCCAGUUGAUGAUGUAAUUUACAGAAGAAGAAUACAAUUAGCAUCAAAAUGCUGGUGUUACACAGAACCAAAGCAAGAAACAAUGUCACAUAUUUUUCUAACCUCUCCUACAGCCUCAAAACUGUGGAGAAUGUUUGCUAAUUUUGCAGCUUAUCCCAAACUGAAGACCUUCCCAUCAAACUUACCUGCUAUGAUUCAGUACUUAGAAGAGAUCAGGCCUAGAAUAAGGUAUCAGUUCAUCUAUUGGGAUCCACCCCCUGAUGGUAUGAUAAAAUGCAAUAUAGAUGGUGCAAGUAAAGGCAAUCCAGGGAGGAGUUCAUAUGGCUACUGCUUGAGGAACUCACUUGGUGAUCUGAUCUAUGUAGAAGGAAAGGAGAUUCAUGAGACAACUAACAUGGAAGCUGAAGUUAUGGCAAUCAAAGAGGCUAUCUAUCAUUGUGUGGCAAAUAACAUACAGGAGGUACUAGUUGAGACAGACUCCAUGGUGAUGAAGAAUAUCAUAGAAGGAACCUGGGAAAUUCCAUGGCAGCUUAUUGUAAUAGUGGAAGACAUCAAACAUCUGAUAACAAUGUGUGAGGUUAAGUUUCAACAUGUCAAGAGGGAGGGAAAUAGUCUAGCAGAUUAUAUUGCAAAUCAAGCCAUUCUACUGGGAUCAGUAGAAUAUAAGCAAUACACAGAUCUUCCUUCUCAAGGUAGAAGACUGCUGAACCUAGACAAACAGCAUUAUCCAAAUAUCAGAUCAAGAACUUUGAAGAUAGGAUGA